AUGACAAAGGCAACAAAGAGCCAACACACGAACAAGCUGAAGCAGAAGCAGGAAAGCACAGCUGCGAUGAUGUCACAACGAGAAGGCCUCCGCUUGCUCGACGACUGGAGCGAAAGCUUCGUGGUAUCACAGGAGGAAGCGAUCGUGAUCUACAACAAUCUUUUCAGGCUCAAGGAUCGCCUGAAGAAAUCAUCCGGGACGCCGGCGGGCACAAGCAUGCAAUCCGUGAGCAAUGCCUUCCACAUGUGGCUCGGGAAGUGGCACUACUUCUGGCAGAUUUUCACCCUCGGCCUCGUCUUCGUGGACUUCCUGGCCGUACCCAUCAAUCUCGCCUGGGCAGAUGAAAGCCGGGGCUCGGAGUUGAUGGUGGCCUAUUUCCGCGUCGCACCGUUUCUGUGGGGCUCCGAUGUCAUCAUGUCCUUCGUGCCGGGGCUUCUGGAGAAGUCGGUUGAAGCGGGCUUCAACCGGGUCAAGUCCUACAUCUCCAGGAGGUUCUUCAUCGAUGUCGGCCUGGUGGUCUUAGACUUCGUGCUACUCAAUGGGCUCUUGAACGAGAACUUCCGAGCGUUCAGCCUCAUUCGCCUAUCUCGGAUCACGAAGUUCAAAGGUGUGGUCGGCUCGUGGGAGAAUCGGCUGGCGGCGUCAGGGAACAUGCGAUUCGUGCUGUACCUCACGAUCUUCCAAGCCAUCGCGAGGGUGCUGGCCGUGAACCACGUGCUAGCCUGUUUAUUGUAUUACGUUGGCCGUAUCGGCGAUGAAAAUGGGUUGCCGAACUGGAUCGUGCGCUAUGGCGUCUCCGACUUCAGCACAAUAUUCAAGUACAUGCUCUGCUUCAACUGGGUGAUUGCGGAAUACACGCCUGCACCCUUCCCGUAUCAGCCGCAGAACGAGUACGAGCAGGCCGUCAUCAUCGUGAUCAUCCUCUCCUGUCUGCCUCUGUUGGGAGCUCAGAUCGGAAAGAUCAGUGGCACGUUGAACCUGCUCACAGAGAAGGCCAAAGAGCGGGACACGGUGCGCAGAGAUCUGCAGAGGUGGCUCUUCAAGACAAAUGCCCCGGAGCGGCUGACUACCCGCAUGCUGGACUCUCUGAACGACGUGCUUCAGUCGAAGGACUCGCCCUUGGACGUGAAACAGCCCAUCGCGCUGAAGUUCCUUCCAUCCACUCUGCUGGAGGAGUUGCACAUCGUGAAAAUCCGCGACAAGCUCUCCAUCCAUGGCCUCUUCAAGAUGCUGAUGAACGACCGCAUCGGUAUCGCGGGUCCCUUGGCCACGGCCUUUCGGACCGUGAACUUCGUCCAGGGUGAGGACGUCUUCGCGCACGGAAAGAAAGCCGAAGGUGAGGUCUUACCACCCAAUGAGGAUACGUGGCUGGCCGAGCUCUGCCUUUACUCGCAGAUGACCCACGCCUCGAACUAUUCCAAGAUCCUGACGGCGCCGGUGCUGGAGUUUGUUAAUGCGGUCCAGGGUUCCCCUGCCGCCGUGGUCGCCGUGCACGAGUACGCGACGCGACUCCUGAACCUUUAUGCAAAGCAGAAGGAGACGAUGGGUUGGGAGAUGAUGUCGGAAGACGUGACAGAGGUGGCAGUUCAGCACACCCAGCUUUCCGACCUCCUCGAGCCGGGGACCGGGCGAAUGAAUCAGUUCAAGAGCAGCGAGGAAUUAGACUUUUCUGGCGCUGUGGCUACUUUGGUUCGCAAGGAGCUCUCGAAUGACGACAUCAUCGAGAAUAUCAAGGAGCAGUUUCCGGAACUUCGAGAAAGACGCUUGCAAGCGUUUAGGGACUUCUCGAAGCUUUGCCCUCCCAGCGAGCGCCGGACGCCAGAGCAGGUCUUAAACUAUGCCAUCUCGCAUCUGGAUGCGUUCCUGCCCUCCAUGGCUUGCUUGCGCGGCGAUGCCUACGACUACUUGGUUUCAACGGCACGGAUGCUCAAGGAGUUCAAUUUCGCUCAGCUGCUGCAGGGUGAGAACAACCCGCACUCGGUCUGGCUGCUGCAGUGCAGCCUGCAAGAAGAGGGAGAGAAGGUGUUUGGCAUCUACCUCUUUGUGCAGGUGUGCAUGCUGUGCGGCGUGACGGGACAUGUGACACUGAAGGGUUCCAUGUUCCUGAAUGAGCUGAAUGGCCGCUCCUUGCUAAAAGGCCUCGCUUGCCUGCAGCACGUCUCGGAUGAGGAGCCUCAGACCGUCUAUUGGAGAUACAUUGCAAGCCGUGCACAGGCGCUGAAUCUCCAAGUCAAGACGCCGAGUCACCUUGUCCUGGCACGCCUCGCUUGUCUGACGCGGACGGUGGAGUCCGAUGCAUUGCAAAACUUAGCUUCUGACUGGGAGACACUUACGGCGGCGGAGAAAGACGCGCUUUACGAGAUUUUCCUCACGGACGGUCUCUACCACAAGGCUUUUAUCUUCCUCUACCUGCCGAUGUUCUUGACCAAUGCCGUGGCAAACCUUGACUUGGGCCUAC